AUGCGUCGUCUGAUCCUGGCCCAGCGGAAUGGAAGGGUACCGCUGCUAAUUAAAUGCAUGCAAAUACAACCAAGGAUCCUCAUUAUCUCAUGGCUCCCCCAUCCUCUCUCCCUCCCAGCUCAUUUUGUGGUCACCAUUUGCCCAGUGAUCCUAUGUCUAAUGUGUAUUCUUGGCCCUCUAUCAAGUCCCAAUAUGCGUGAGCGGGCAAGAUGCUCAGUGGUGUGA